AUGUAUGGCAUUUGCUGUUCUGUGAUUCUCACCAGGAUCAAUGCAGAUGAGCAGCUGCCACGUUACUCCUGUCAUGUCCGAUUUCAGUCUCUUGGUCUAGAAGGAGUGAACGAGGAGAUAACAAUGAAACGGGGUCAUAUUUCUUCUGGAAACCUUUCUCGUGAUGGCAGAGUUAUUGGUGAUCAUGGAAAGGAAGCAAGAUCCCCUUUCCUUCAUGAGAGUGUUGUGUGUGGAGCUGGAGAGAAGCACAUUUCAUACCUUGCAGCUAUUGAAGUUAGUCUCCCAGCCUUGGCCCUUCUGUCGAAACAGGCCAUGCAGUUUGGAUCUAGAAUUGCAAAACUGGAGAAAAUUAAUGAGAAGGGAUCUGAUAAGUGCAGAAGUCUCCAAAUCCUACCUUAG